GCCGCCGCCGACCUCCGAGACGCCCUCGACGCCGCCGCCGACGCCGCCUCUGACGGACCGCACGACCGCCCUGUCGCAGACCGCCGCCUCUCCGCCAAGCAGGAUGCGCCACGGCCUCCGCCCCCGCGCGGCCACCGCCAGCCUGCUGCUGCUGGCGCUGCUCGCAGCACUUGCCAGCUGCUCCCUCGCUGCCCCCCAGGCCCCCGCCGCCGACACCGUCUCUGCGGCCGCCCCCGCUGCAGCCGCCGCAUCUCCAGCAGCCAGCGACGAAGACAAGUCAGACGAGGAGAAGCGAGCAUGGCAGGACCUGAACGCCGGUUGGGGCAAGCGUGCGUGGCAAGACCUGGGCUCCUCGUGGGGCAAGAGGGCGUGGCAAGACCUGGGCUCCUCCUGGGGCAAGCGCGCGUGGCAAGACCUGAACGCCGGCUGGGGAAAGCGUGCUUGGCAGGACCUGGGCUCUGCCUGGGGCAAGCGUGCCUGGCAGGACCUGAACGCCGGCUGGGGAAAGCGAGGAUGGAGGGACCUGCAGUCUGCGUGGGGCAAGCGCGCGUGGAGCAACCUGCACGGCGCCUGGGGCAAGCGCGGCGGCGACGACGCGGCCACGUGGCCCGAGCUGCCGGACCAGACCGUGGCUGAGCAGGAGGGCGACCAGGAGGCCGCGCAGCUGGUGCCGCUGCCGAUGCAGGUGCCUCUGCCGAUGCAGGUGCAGCUGCAGCUGCAGGGCGACGAGGGAGAGCCCGGCGACGAGGAGAAGCGCGCCUGGAGCAGCCUGCACAACACCUGGGGCAAGCGCGCCGCCGACUGGCGCAGCUUCCACGGUUCCUGGGGGAAGCGGGAACCCGGCUGGACCAACCUGAAGGGCCUGUGGGGGAAGCGCGCCGGCCCCUCCAACUGGAACAGACUGCCCGCCAUGUGGGGGAAGCGCUCCGAGGAGGAAUGAGCUGGAUGACGAUGGAGUGGUGCAUCAGGAAGCCCGUCACCACCACCAUCUUGACUGUCCCCUCACCCAUAGAGAAACGUCGCUGGUGGCGCCACGUGCUGCAGAAGACUCGCCAGCCAGCUCUCUGUAAUUUUAGUCUACCUGUACCAUCUCUGUAUAUCUGUCGGUUGCACCCUGUAGUUAUCCUCUUGUUCAACGGUACGGUUUGUUAUUUUCUGUGUAAAUACCAAUAAAGGAAAUGUGCAGCACUG